AUGUCAGAUUACGAAUCGGACGAGGAGCCUACGGUCGCUGAUGAAACCGUCUUAAAUAAGUAUAAGCUUUCUGGCGAAAUUUGCCAUAUUGUUCUGAAGGAACUCAUGCAAAAAUGUGUUCCUGGUGCCAAUAUUAUUGAGCUCUGCGAACAUGGUGACAAGCGAAUUGUUGAGGAAACAAGCAAAAUAUUUAAAAAGGAAAAGGAGAUGAAAAAAGGUAUCGCUUUUCCCACCACUAUUUGUGUAAACAACGUAAUUUGUCACUAUUCCCCGAUAAGCGGUGAGGAAAAUUUUAUGGAGGAACUAAGCGAUGGUGAUCUUGUAAAAAUCGAUUUGGGUGCUCAUAUUGAUGGCUUUGCAUCUGUCAUUGGGCAUACUUUUGUUAUUGGAGCCACUGUAGAUAACAAGGUAACUGGCAGAAAAGCUGAUGUAAUCGUUGCUGCAAAUGUUGCGGCAGAGGUUGCUAGACGCUUGAUUAAGCCAGGAAAUGAGAACUAUACAGUUACGGAUAUGGUUUCUAAGGCAGUGGCGGACUUUAACUGCAAACCGGUUCAGGGUGUCCAAUCUCAUAUCUUAAGGAAGCUUAUCUUUGACGGCGAAAAAGCUAUGGUAUUGAACCCUGAUGAUGAUCACAAGAAGGCGAUUGAAAAAUGCUCCUUUGAGAUGUAUGAGGCUUGGAUUUUCGAUAUUGUUGUUUCUUCUGGUACUGGAAAGGCUAAGGAACAUCAAGCCAGACCCACCGUAUUUAAAAAGAAAGAAACUCUUUACCAUCUCAAGAUGAAAGCAUCUAGAAAGUUUUACAGCGAAGUUUCCUCCAAGUUCCAAGAGUAUCCCUUCAAUAUCAGGUCGGUUGAAGAUAUUAAGUCAGCACGUUAUGCCGUAACUGAGUGCGCAACUCAUAAAGUUAUCACUCCAAUGCCUGUAUUGGUGGAAAAAGAUAACGAGUUUGUUGCUCAAUUCAAGUUUACUGCUGUUUUAAUGCCGAACGGUUUAAUGAAGAUUACUGGUCUGCCUUUUGAUGCCUCUCUAUAUAAGAGUGAAUACAAGACCAAGGAUGCUGAAGUAAAGGAAAUCAUGACGCAACCAGUGAAAUCUACUGGUGGAAAGAAGAAGAAGAGUGGAAGCGGUGAAGCUAAACCCGGUCUUGCUGCCACCGCAUCAAAGGCUUAA